GGAGCGGCGCGCGGAGCACCUGGCGGUCUCGGCUCCGGGCAGCGCCUGAGCAGGCCUGGCAGCAGUGGGCGCUCGUGAUCUUCCUCUGCCCAACGCGGUCUCCCUGGGGCCCGGCCUCCAGCGUCCCCUCCUCCUGCUUCUGCUCCUCCUCCUGCUCCGCCCCUCGGCGGGACUCAGCUCCGCGUCUCCCGCUUGUAAAGUCUCCAGCGUGCCGGCAGCCACGAGCCGCCGCCGCGGACGGGUCUCUGGGUGCCCGCGCACCUUCACUGCCGCCUGUCUGGCGGUGCCCCGAAGCUCCCUCCGCCGGCCGCCGGUGCUCGACGGCGCUGCCCCAUGGCCCAGCCCGAGAGCCGACUUCGGGCGCCGGACUGGCUGGACCGCGGCGCAGCUCAGUAAUUGGCUACCUGAGACACCCAUGUGUCACUGAUCAGGAGGCAUUUCCUGUGGGAACGCUUCAUGACCCUGCGACGUCCAGCCUAGCGAAGCCACUGUGGUGUCCAGCAUGGCCACACUACUCCUGGGCGCAGUGCUGCUGGUGGCUCAGCUCCAGCUAGUGCCUUCGCGCCCCGGGGCCGAGCCAGGCCAGCAGGAGCUUGUGCGGAAAGUGGCCACCCUCCGGGACGGGGCCCUAGAUGGCAUGGCCCCCAAUGGCUCAGCCCAGCAACUGCCGCAGACAAUCAUCAUCGGCGUACGCAAGGGAGGCACCCGUGCACUGCUGGAGAUGCUCAGCCUGCACCCGGACGUGGCGGCCGCCGAAAACGAGGUGCACUUCUUCGACUGGGAAGAACACUACAGCCAAGGCCUGGGCUGGUAUCUCAGCCAGAUGCCCCUCUCCGCCCCGCACCAGCUCACCGUGGAAAAGACCCCCGCAUACUUCACAUCGCCCAAAGUGCCUGAGCGGGUCCACAGCAUGAACCCGGCCAUCCGGCUGCUGCUCAUCCUGCGGGACCCGUCGGAGCGCGUGCUGUCGGACUACACGCAAGUGCUGUACAACCACGUGCAGAAGCGCAAGCCCUACCCGUCCAUCGAGGAGUUCCUGGUGCGAGAUGGCCGGCUCAACGUGGACUACAAGGCACUCAACCGCAGUCUCUAUCACGUGCACAUGCGCAACUGGCUGCACUUCUUUCCACUGCGCCGCAUCCACAUCGUGGACGGCGACCGCCUCAUCAGGGACCCUUUCCCCGAGAUCCAGAAGGUCGAGAGGUUUCUGAAGCUGUCGCCGCAGAUCAACGCCUCGAACUUCUACUUCAACAAAACCAAGGGCUUUUACUGCCUGCGGGACAGCGGCCGGGACCGCUGCUUACACGAGUCCAAAGGCCGGGCGCACCCUCAAGUGGACCCCAAACUCCUCAAUAAAUUGCACGAAUAUUUUCACGAGCCAAAUAAGAAGUUCUUUGAGCUUGUGGGCAGAACAUUUGACUGGCACUGAUUUGUCAUAAGCGAGGCUCAGAGCCUUUCCUACUGUAAGUUCUGGGGUACAUCUAGGGGGGAAAUAAUUUUAAAAGGGCAUUUAAGCUAUAAUUUAUUUGUAAAAUCCAUAAAUUACUUCUGUACAGUAUUAGAUUCACAAUUGCCAUAUAUACUAGUUAUAUUUUUCUACUUGUUAAAUUGAGGGCAUUUUGUAUUGUUUUUCAUGGUUGUUAACAUUGUGUAAUAUGUCUCUAUAUGAAGGAACUAAAAGAUUUCACUGCAAAAAAAGAAAAAAAAGAAAGAAACAAAUUCUGGAGAUGCUGUCUUUUUUAAAAUAUACUUAA